CGGAGGCCGAGAAGGAGAGGGAUGUGGGCGCGGGCUGCGUGCCUGGGCCUUCGGGCUUCGGCGGCGGCCCGGCGCCGGGGCUUCACCUCCGCUGGGGCGGAUCCUCAGGGAAGUGGCCGGGUCACGGCCGAGCUGAUCGAGCACCUGGAGCGGCUCGCUCUUGUGGACUUCGGCAGCCAGGAGGCCGUGGCGCGGCUGGAGAAAGCCAUCGCCUUUGCCGACCGGCUCCGCGCCGUGGACACGGACGGGGUGGAGCCCAUGGAGUCAGUCCUGGAGGACAGAUGUCUGUACUUGCGAUCUGACAAUGUGGUAGAAGGCAACUGUGUUGAAGAACUACUACAAAACUCCCAUCGAGUUGUGGAGGAGUAUUUUGUGGCCCCCCCAGGUAAUAUCUCUUGGUCAAAGCUGGAUGAAAAAGGCCCUUCUCACACCGCUGAGUAGCUAUUCUGGGGAGGGGUGCUUUAUGAACACAUGGAAGUGCACUGACUGUUUCGUUAUUAUAAACACUAAUGUUCCCACUUCCUCCAGUCAUCUGAAAAAAAAGCUGAUGGUUAAGUAUUUUUUAGUAACUAUCUCUUCUGAAGACAACUGGGAAAGAUCUAGCAAAAACAAGGCAAUGAGUUCCUGAUGCCAAUGGAAGUAGGUGUUGCCAUUCCCAAGGAAAUGGAUCAAGUAUUUACUCACAGGCUGUUCAGUGUGAAAGACUUUAACCCCUCCCCAUGAGACUGUCUACCAAACUGCAUUUAAGUGAAUUUUUCUAUUUAUGUAACUGCUAGACAUUGCAUCUGAUCACUAUGUGACAACCUGAGCUGUCAUUUUUAGGUGCUUUUUCUGUCAACUUGAGCAGCCUUUUAUCUUUACUGAACACAUUUGAAUUCAUUCCUGGGUACCCACUUUGUUCCAAGUAGAAGGCUGACUUUCUGCUAAGGUAACAGGGGUAGGGAGGCAACUUUGGGAGGUGAUGGAUAUAUUUAUGGCCUUCAUAGUUAUGAUUUCAUGUGUAUACUUAACCCCAAAGUCACUGACUUGUAAACAUUAAAUAAGUAUAGCUUUUUACGGGUCAA